CACUUUCAUACGCAUUGCCAGCAAUUCAAACCUCUUACUCCCCACGCCAUUCUACUCCCCAACAUUCCUCCUUAACGCAGAGAUCAACUUAGGGUUCCCCCCCACCGCCGAUCCGGACCCCGAACCACGGCUCGAGUCCGGGGUACAACAGCACAGCCCCCAAGCCGUCCACAUGGUAUGACGAAAGCGACAGCAGUAUAGUCUGCAUAAAUGCAUCACCAUGAAUCAGUCACGUAUCUAGCACCACCACGAUCCAUCAUCCAUGAAACAAGAUGGCUCCGAACAUAGACAGCAAACCCACCGAAACACCGCUCCCAACCACCCACCGCUUGCCCUCCCCCUCGCCCUCCUCCUCUGACCCCUCCUCCUCCCACCCCUUCGCCUUCACCGCAACCCAACUAACCACUCUCUUCAACCCGAAAUCCUUGGAGACAUUCCUCGAUCUAGGCGGCCUGCUGGGCCUGGAACACGGCCUCCGCACCAACCUAACCACCGGCCUGACCACCACCGAAUCCCUCCUCACCGGAACCAUCACCCUCACGCAAGCCCGUCACCACGCCAUCUCCAAAACCACAAGCACGCAGCCCCUCCUCUCCCAGCCCGCCACGGGAGAUCAUCAAGCCCCCAUCAUCCCCCAGGACCAAUUCCACUCCCGCCACAAAGUCUACGGCCGGAAUGUCCUCCCCGAACCACCCCGCAAAUCCUUCGGCCGGCUCCUCUGGGACGCGUACAACGACAAGAUCAUCCUCCUGCUAACAGUGGCAGCCGUCGUGUCGCUGUCGCUGGGCAUCUACGAGGCCGUCAGCGGGCAGUCGCGCGUGGACUGGAUCGAGGGGGUGGCGGUGUGCGUGGCGAUCGGGAUCGUGGUGACGGCGACGGCGGGGAAUGAUUGGCAGAAGGAGCGGCAGUUUCGGAGAUUGAGUCGGUUGAAAGUCGACCGCGAGGUGCGGGUUAUCCGCUCCGGCCAGCAGAUCAUGGUUCACAUCCACGACCUCACCGUCGGGGAUCUCGUGCACCUCGAGCCGGGGGACUGUGCCCCGGCUGACGGGGUGGUCGUUACCAACUACGGGCUGCGCUGCGAUGAGUCCCUGGCGACUGGGGAGGCGGAUCAGAUUGAGAAGGUGAGUGGGGCGGAGGCGUGGGAGCGGGUGGUGGCCGGAAGGCAGAAAGCGGAUGAGGGCGUGCUGCAGGAGAAGGAAAUUCCGAAACUGGAGGAGGAGAACCUCGACCCGUUUAUUAUCUCAGGCAGCAAGAUCCUGGAAGGGCUGGGGACGUACCUGGUCCUCAGCGUGGGUCCGCACUCCACCCACGGGCGGAUCAUGAUGUCUCUCGGCACGGAGAGUGAUCCGACCCCGUUGCAGGUGAAGUUGAGCCGGUUGGCGAGUUGGAUUGGGUGGUUUGGGCUGGGGGCUGCGCUACUUCUCUUCUUCGUCCUCCUCUUCCGCUUCCUGGCGCAGCUGCCGGAUAACCCGGCGCCGUCGACAGUCAAGGGGCAGAUCUUCAUGGAUAUCCUGAUCGUCACGGUGACGGUCAUUGUGGUGGCUAUACCUGAGGGCCUCCCCCUCGCGGUCACCCUAGCCCUAGCCUUCGCGACAGGUCGGAUGCUGAAGGAACAUAACCUCGUGCGACAGCUGCGCGCCUGCGAGACGAUGGGCAAUGCGACCGUCAUCUGCUCGGAUAAGACGGGCACCCUGACGCAGAACAAGAUGACGGCGGUGGUCGGGUUCUUCGGGGUGUCCGAGUCCUUUGGCCACCUGCCCACCCACACAUCCCCGGCUGCUUGUCCUGUGCAGGUUCCGCAAGCUGUUGCCAGGUUUCCUGCCUCGUUCCGAGACCUGCUGGUGAAAAGCAUCGUCGCCAACUCUACUGCCUUCGAGGAACGAAGGGAGAACGGGACCGAGCUGGUCGGCAACAAGACGGAGAUCGCGCUGCUGCAGUUGGCGCAGGAGCAUCUGGACGUGUCUGAUCUUGCUACCGAGCGCGCUGGGGUAGAUGUGCUACAGGUAUACCCGUUUGAUUCGGCGCGGAAGGCGAUGGCGUUGGUGUAUCGCGUGCGCCCGGAUACGUAUCGGGUGCUGGUCAAAGGGGCGGCGGAGGUGGUCUUGCGCGCGUGCAGAACAGUUGUCCUUGCUGAUGGUUGCGUGGUGGAUGAGGUGUCAGUUGGCCCGUUCGCUGACAGCGACGUGGAUGUGAUUGAGCAAAGCAUCAAUACCUAUGCCUCGGCCGCUCUGCGCACUAUCGGACUGGCGUAUCGCGACCUCCCGGCUGGGGUUGCCGGGGGCAGUAAAGGCGGCGAGAAGGGUCUUCCCCGCUUCGAGGAGAUAUUCACCGACAUGACCUGGAUUGGGUUGUUUGGGAUUCACGACCCCUUGAGGCCGGAAGUGACGGAGGCGAUUCGACAGUGUCAUUCGGCCGGGGUGAAGGUGAAGAUGGUCACCGGCGAUAACAUCAACACCGCAUUAUCUAUCGCCGCCGCAUGCGGCAUCAAGACCGACGAUGGCAUCGCCAUAGAAGCGCCAGAGCUCCGAAAGCUAAGCGACGAGGAACUCGACGCGAUUCUCCCGCGUCUCCAGGUCCUGGCCCGCUCCUCCCCAAGUGACAAGCAACUCUUGGUGCAACACCUGAAGAAGCUCGGCGAGAUCGUCGCCGUAACCGGGGACGGGACGAACGACGGACCAGCCCUCAAGUCAGCAGAUGUGGGCUUCUCGAUGGGCCUGAGCGGGACGGAAGUGGCACGCGAAGCCAGUUCGAUCAUCCUUCUCGACGACAACUUCCGAUCAAUCGUCACAGCCAUAGCAUGGGGACGUUGCGUCAACGACGCGGUGGCCAAGUUCCUGCAGUUCCAAAUCACCGUCAACAUCACCGCGGUCUGCCUGACAGUGGUCACAGCCAUCUACAACAGCUCCAACGAAAGCGUCUUCAAAGCCGUGCAACUUCUCUGGCUGAACCUGAUCAUGGACACCUUCGCUGCGCUUGCACUGUAA